CUCGCUCUCAUGAAAUGUCUGGGGUGUGAAUAGGAGUCAUUUAUUGUAUGAUAUGUGUUUCUCCUCCCUCUUUGCACUUUUGUUCACAUUUAUUCACGCAAUUAAUGAGUCUUUGUCGACUCUUGGUCGGUCCUCAAUCUGUGUAAUUGCCGUAACUAAAGACUGCACUGGGUAUUAUAUCAUUCUUACCUUUGAUAGAGUGCAAGCUGGUUCUUGGCAGCGGCGAGACAUUGACGCCAAAGUGUUGAACAUGGAUGGUAUUUCAUUUUGUGUACUGGCGUAUGAGCUCGUCGGCCUUUCCAAGUGGGAGAGGUAGUGUUGGCCUUAGCUAGAUCGACUGUCCUAGGCAGGACUUGGGGAUGCCAGAUGUCAUCAAGUUUGUCCGAAACCAAACCUUCUUCGGGCAAAUUUGAUGUCCUAUAUCAAGGCAUCAAAAUUGGCCUUCAGAUUACCACCUCCACCUUGUAUAGGCCCAUUUCGUUUUGGUUCUCCGCAAUACUAAACUUGUACAUCU